AUGAGAAUCCUGACAUUUCUCACAUUUGUCGAUCUGCUAAUGCAUCAAAGCUUGUCACUCUCCAGACCACAGUGUAACCUCUGUGAACAAACGGUCUGUAACUGCUCCAGGCAAAACCUGAAUAUGGUCCCUACAGCACCUUCAAAGCUCAUCACUGAACUUGAUCUCUCAUUCAACAGACUGCAAACAAUAAUGAAUAAUGACUUUGUUGCAUUUGCCAGUUUACAGACGUUGAUCAUGAAUAACAACAGAAUCCAAAAGAUCCAGGAGCAAGCAUUUGUCUCGCUGACUAAUUUGGAGAAAUUGGACUUGUCCUUAAACAGACUGGAUACGCUGUCUGCUGGAUGGUUUGAGAACCUUUUUUCUCUUCAGCACCUGAAUCUUUUGGGGAACAAAUAUAAAAUGUUGGGUCAAGGCAAUCUUUUCAAGCCACUGAAGAGAUUAAAGACCCUGCAUUUUGGAGGACCUGACCUUCACUCUAUCAGAAAAAGUGACUUUUCUGGCCUCAGUCGUCUUGAAAAGGUUGUUUUGGAUGGAAGAAAUCUGCAAGUCUACGCAGAAGGAAGUUUGCAACAAAUUGAGACCAUUAAAUAUGUAACACUUGGUCUGAAUGGUCCGUUUCUGAUAAAUCAAGCGCUAGUAGGAGCUAUACUGUCUGAUGUUGCACACCCAAACACAACACUGACAUUCGUUGACACAUGGUUCUCCGCAGAGUAUCAAAUGCUCCCAUUUAAAGUGACCCGAGAUCGCGGAACUACAAGGGUUAUCUUUAAAAAUGUUAACAUGACCGUUCUAGCUUGUUUGGCAUUUCUAAAUUUGCUGUCAGACUCGAAUUUAACUAUGUUGGCAAUGGAAGAUACUCAAUUAAUCUUAAAUUCUGUGGAUGGCAUUGCAUAUCCCCCACACAUGGACCGUUUGGAGGCUAUUGUCUUAAAAAACGUCGAUGUCCCUCGGUUCUAUAACUUCCCAGCCCUCUUUUUCCUGCAACCUCUGCUGAACGUAGUGCGAAGGGUGUCCGUGCUAAACUGCAAGGUGUUCCUCAUUCCUUGUGAAUCCUCUGUCGAUUUCUCAAAGCUGGAGUAUAUGGACGUCAGCGACAACUUGUUUAGUGAUCUGGCUCUUAGCCAAAUGAUGUGCGAUGGCAAAGGUGUUCUUUGGAGUCUGCAAACCUUCAACAUCAGCAGGAAUUACCUGCACUCGAUCAACAGCCAGCUCUUCACCAUACUAGAUAAGCUUAAAAACAUUGACAUGAGUGGAAAUGUGUUUCGUAGUAUGCCUGAGACGUGUUACUGGCCACCAAGUCUCCAAUUCUUAAACCUUUCAUCAACACGUUUAGCAAAAGUGACCACUUGUUUGCCAAUGAGUUUACACAUCCUCGAUUUGUCAGACAAUGACUUGACCGUGUUCAACAUCGAACUACCUUUUCUCACAGAGUUAUACAUCUCUGGCAACAAAAUCAAUAGUUUGCCAGAUGGGGGUUUAUACCCUUGUCUCGUGUUUCUCUCCAUUCAAAACAAUAACUUACAGACAUUCAGCAGCAAUAAUCUAAAUGGCUAUAGUAAUCUGACGAGUCUGGAGGCUGGUUCUGACACGUAUGUCUGUUCAUGUGGCUUUGUAGCAUUGAUGACGAGUGACUGGACGAAUCAUCGAAUCACCUUUGGAGAUGAGUUCAAGUCGUACAUCUGCGACUCCCCGGACGCCGUGAGAGGAGAGAGUGCGGCAGACGUGACGUUGUCAGUGUUUAAAUGCCACACAGCUUUAGCUUUUUCUGUACUCUGCUCAGGCAUCCUGCUGGUGUUUUUGCUCAUUGCAGGUUUGUGUCACAAAUUCAGUGUUGUGUGGUACAUGAAGAUGACCUGGGCCUGGCUGAGAGCCAAGAGGAAGCCAAAGUUAAAAAAGGGAGAGCUCGAGUAUGACGCCUUUGUGUCCUACAGUGAAAUGGACUCUGGUUGGGUGGAAGCACAUCUGGUCCCGGAGCUCGAGCAGGCCGAGCCUCCUCUUCGGCUCUGCCUCCACAAGAGAGACUUUGUUCCCGGAGGCUGGAUCUUGGACAACAUCAUAGACGCCAUCGAGAAGAGUCACAGAACUCUGUUUGUCCUUUCUCAGCAUUUUGUCAUGAGUGAAUGGUGCAAGUACGAGCUGGAUUACACCCAUUUUAGGUUGUUUGACCAAAACGAUGACACGGUUGUGCUGAUUCUGUUGGAGCCCAUUGAAAAAGAGACCAUCCCCAAGAAGUUCUGCAAUCUGCGGAGAGUCAUGAACUCCAGGACGUACCUGGAGUGGCCCGAUGAUGAGGGCCUGAUUCCCAGGUUCUGGCAAAGCCUGAGAACGGCUAUUAAAACACCUGAUACUGAUGAUGGAAACCGUUUACAGUUUGACAAUGUGGACUUUUAA